AUAGAAACAGCAUAGUCCCAGCUCGUCUGUUCCUGAAGCUAACUACAGGAGGAAGACCAGGAGCAAGACCUGCGUCCACUGACCCUCUGGUCUUUGUUUGGAGCUUGGAUCUGGAGCGCGGACCUGUGGGCCUGUGAGGGUCUGAAGAAGCUUCAGAAGAUGUCGAAUGAUCUCGCUGGUGUGUGGGAGGUUGCACUGAGUGAUGGAGUCCACAGAAUAGAGUUUGAACACGGCACAACCACAGGGAAGAGGGUGAUCCUCGUGGAUGGAAAGGAGGUGCUGAGGCGAGACUGGAUGUUCAAACUGGUGGGGAAAGAGACUUUUAAUGUGGGCAAAUCAGACACCAAAGCGACCAUCAACAUUGAUGCAGUCAGUGGGUUUGCAUACGAGUACACCUUGGAGAUCAACGGGAAGAGCUUGAAGAAGUACAUGGAGAACAGGUCAAAGGUCACAAGCACCUGGGUGCUCAACCUGGAUGGCGUUGACUGCAGGGUCGUCCUGGAGAAAGACACCAUGGAUGUUUGGUGCAAUGGACAAAAUAUUGAGACUGCUGGCGAAUUUGUGGAAGACGGCACAGAAACACAUUUCACACUGGGAGACCACAACUGCUGUGUGAAGGCUGUGAGCAGCGGGAAGAGACGAGACGGGAUCAUUCACACGCUGCUGGUGGACGGCACAGAGAUAGCUGAGUGCACAGAGUGACUGUGUUUUUUAAGGAGAGUGUAUGGAUGAAUGUGUGUGUGUGUGUGGGUGUUUGCAUUUGUAUGGAAGCAGAGUUCAGGUUUUAAUGUGUUAUUCUAAGUAUCUGUGAAACAGAGGGAGUGUACAGAGCAGAACAUUGUCAGUUAAAUCAGUCAGAGUCGAGGAUGAACCAACAAACAUUGACUCCUGGACUGGAUGACUGUUACCCAUAUAUUUGUACUUUUAAUGUAAGUAAUAAAGAGAAACUUGAAGUAAACGUGUAGUCUGGGCUGGGUACGAAAAGAGACUAUCUUAAAAUAUUAUCACACGAACAAAUAAAUCUAAACAUCUUUCUUCUUUAUUUCAAUGUAUUCUGACCCUUGGAGGCCUGAUGUGCCAUAUUUAUCUAACUCGGCCUGCAGCAGCUGGAUCUGGUCACUAAUACAGGCAGGGGUUCAAGAUGUACUGUACCUGUUGCCCUAUUGUAGAAAUAUUACAAAUACCUGGCCCUAUAGACCUCAGCCUCGCCCCGUUCUCCCUACACUCAUUCUCUUAUUUCAAACACAAGGAUUUAAUCCUGGGGAAGAAGAUCUGCUGAGGAGUGAUGGUUGUCAUGUCUUUUGUAGAUACAUGUUAAAUGCUGUUUGUAUGUUUGUUCAGCCUGUUCUUAUUUCAGAAUAACGUUGUGAGCUCUUAGCAGACAGCGGUAGAUGUGUUGAAAACAUCCUGAGGGGCAUUGUCUGCUAUUUAAAGGCAGUAAUAAUAACACAGACAAUCAUACAGAUGUGACAUUAUCUGCAGUAAUAAUCAUUUAGAAAACUGAACCCAACCACUCACUGGCUGAUAACCAAACAGACGUGUGUGUACAGGAAAUGUGUUUGAAACUUUGUUGUACUACCGGGUUAUGAGGGUCUUCUUUAAAAGACGGAUGUAGUUGUUGUUGAACUGAAUUUAUCCUAGAUAUUUUUAUAAAAUCACAGUCUCAAAUUAAAGUCAUUUACUAUUCACUGA